AUGUUUCUGUCUCUUCCUAUGCUGACUGUACUUAUUCCACUGGUCUCUUUAGCAGGACUCUUCUACUCUGCCUCUGUGGAAGAAAACUUCCCACAGGGCUGCACUAGCACAACCAGCCUGUGCUUUUACAGUUUGCUCCUGCCGAUUACCAUACCAGUUUAUGUGUUCUUCCACCUUUGGACUUGGAUGGGUAUUAAACUCUUCAGGCAUAAUUAAUGCAACCAGAGCCAAGAUGGUAUGUAAAUGGUAUGUCUUGAGCAUCUGUUCCUGAAAACUCAACUACAUGGAAAUACUGGAAACACACUUAAUUUGCAGGAGAUGCUUUGCCAUGCUUCUGUCAGAGGCUUAGGGCUAUAUGGGAGUCUUAAGCUGCAGAAGUUUCUUUUAUUGUACUUUUUGUUCUGCCCUCUUUAAGGUUCUAACUGAUGAACACUAUAUUGAAAGAAACAUUUCAAUAAAGUGUCUCGUUGGAAAUUAACAGGCCCAACCAUCACCUGCUAACUCCAUGUCUCUGCCAUUUGCCUAAGAGUUAAAAAUUUUAAAUUUUAUGUGUUUAAUUUAGGUCAAAGUCUUUGGUAAAGUCCCAUGUUAAGGUUGAAUGAAAUAAUUCAUUCUAUGUUUAGAGAGGCAUUUAAUACCCAAAAUAGAGUAAUUUCCCAGGAAAGUAUGUACUGUAGUGGGUAGAGGUUGGUUUGGAAGACUUGCAAAUUGCUGGUUGUGUUCUAUUGAGCUCAGCAACGUUUUGAACUAUAUUCCUGUUUGUUUUUCUGCCUUAGGAGACCUAUUUAACACUAUUAAGGGCAUGAGCAUUUGACACAUUAAUAUAAUAGUUCCUGAUUUUCCAGAACUUCCAACAAGACUGAUUGAGGAUAGUACAAUUCUAUUUCAGAGGUAUAAAUGUUUCAGUAGUUACCCAAAAGACACCUAGGAAUUGAACAUAAACCUAAACUGAUUCUUAGAAUCAUAAAGUAGUAUAACAGUCUAGACAGUAAUUCUUCCCCUUCAAAAGAAAAUUAAAACAUGAAGUUAGAAGUACUUUCUGUUGCAUUAAUUCAAUAUAUACUAUAGUACAAUUGCAAAUAUUAUAACUAUAUAAAUACUGUACUGUGGUAAAUUGCCUGAUAGCAACAUACAAAUAACUGGGAGACGAUAAGAGGUUCCUGUCAUUUUCUGAGAUGAAGUUAUUUUUAAUUUAUCCUGAAUCUCACUGUGGGCAGUGUACAUGAAACAAAUUUGCUGACAGAACAAGCACUGUAUUCUGAAGAUUCAAUUUUAGCUCAUGUCAAGCUUUUAUAGCAUUUAGGAAAUUGACAAGCAUACCCCUGGAGGUGUUCAGUUUUAACUCUAGCCUAUCACUAAGAUAAUUUAUUUAGCAAUCAUUUGUACAGUACAAACUACAAUAGGUACAGUUCUGAGCAUAUUGCAUAUAAUCUUUAAUCUUACAACCUUAGGUUAUAUUAGCACCAUUUUACAGGUGAGGAAAGAAGCACAGAAAGAUAGUGAUUUACUCAGGGUAACAGCAAUAAUUGGACUGGAGCUGACAACAUCAGGCAAUGUGACUUCUUUCAGUCAGCCUCCUUAGCCACUAUAUGAUGCCUCUCUUGAGUAAACUCAUCCUUUCCAUUUAUAAGAAAAAUAGAAUUAGGAAUCAAAAUGCUUGGAUUCAAAUUUUUCCUCAAGUCUGAUGCCCUUCUUAACUGUCUCCUAAAGUACCACAUUUGUAUCUAUUUUAGUAGUUAACCUGUACUGUAAUUGCUUGUUUUGUUUCUGUGUAGACAGUAAAUUAUUCAACAUUUUUAAUGUAAUGCAUAGCACAGAACAGAUAAUGAGUACUUCCUGAAAAAGUGAACGCCUGACUUUAACAGGUUUUAUAACUAUAGGCAAGUUAUUUAACAUCUCUGAACUUCAUCUUUAGGGCUAGAAAUACCUCCCUUGCUUCUUUCAUAAAAUCAUGAGACCAAAUUAAACUUUACAAUGUGAAAGUGCUUUGUAAAGAACUGAGCCAUACUGACUUCUGCAAUGGCAUCAUGAGGGGCUCUGCAGACCAAUUCCUGGUGAAACAACUCCAACUGGUGAAAAUGAUAAACUUUUAGUCUCUGGAAAUUGUCCUAAGGAAACACACAAGAAAACCUAACACUUGGGAAGUAUAGUAUACAGGCUUGUUCUCUGCUUAAGAUACAUUAAAUUAUAGAAAGUAGUAAUUGCAACAAAGUACUGUUGACUUUGUAACAUGUAGAUGUAAUAUGCAUAACAAUACAGCACAAAAGUGGGGGAAAAGAAUAGAGCUACAAAGAUGUAAUGUUUCUCUAUCUCACUGGCACUCUUAAGAACAGAUCUGAAGUUCUAAGAGAUUUCUCAGGCCCUCAUACACUACCGGUGAGAAUAUAAUAAAAUGAUGCAACUUCUCUGGAAAACAGUUGGUAGUCCCACAUUACAGUUACCGUGUAACCCAGCAAUUCCACCGCUAGGUAUACACUCAAAGGAAUUGAAAAUAUGUCCACACAAAAACUUGCGCACAAAUGUUCACUGCAGCAGCAUCGUUUAUAACAGCCAAAAAGUGGAAGACAGCCCAACUAGGUGAAUGGGUAAACACAAUGUGGUGCUGCAAUGCAGUGCAAUAAAUACAAUGUGGUACUUGGCCCACUUAGGAAUGAAGUAGAUACAUGCUACAACAUUAAUGAAACUUGUAAACAUGCCAAGUGAAAGAAGCCAGUUAUAAAAAUCAUUUUGUUGGAUUUCAUUUACAUGAAAUGUCUCAGAGGAAAAUCUAUAAAUUAUAAACAGAAGGUAGAUUUACAGUUGCAUAGAGCUAGAGGUGAAGAGAAGAUUGUGGAGUUAUGGCUAAAGGUACUGGUUUUCUCUGGAGUGACAAAAAUAUUCUAAAAUUGAUCAUGGAAAUAGUUACACAGUUCUGUGAAUGUAAGUGCAUUGAGUUGUACAUUGUACAUGGCUGUACUGUGUGGAUUAUUUAUCAAUAAAGCUUUUACCAGAAAAACCCAAAACAAAA